UGCGCGUCAGCUCCAGCGCGUCUCAGUCCGCUCGCGUCUGUUUGACAGGAACACAUGCGGCAUGAUCAGCACUUAGAACUGAGAAGCGCUAUUCAAAAAAAUUAUAAUAGAUAAAAAAAAUAGUUAAAAAACUAGUUGAUAGUUAAAAGGAAGUUGCACACGGUCAGGAUGGGCUGCUCAUCUUCCAGCACACAGACGCUCGCGCAGGAGAACCGCCCGCGCGUCAAAGCGGAGGACGCGAACGGAGAAACUCCGAUCUCUCAUAAUGGGCUUGUAGCAGAAGAUGUCGAGGCCAUCUCAGAUCAGAUGCAGUUGCCAGUUCAAAGCGCUCUGUCGGAUGAUCUGGGUCCUGGACCAGGCGAGACGGUGGAAGAUGUCCAGCUUGAAGCGGAGCAGACAAUGGUCAGCGCUAGUGAUGCUCCUCUGGAGGAGAAAGAUCCAGCAGAUGCUUCAGAACCCACUGAAUCCAUCCCUACAGUUCCUUCUCUAGCUGUGGAACCAGCUUCAGAUCUCUCCAUUGCUCCAGAACCCGAGUCAGCUGAGCUAGCAUCGCCUCUGAAUGCCCCAUCAGAAGCCAGCUCGGAGCCCAUACUGGAACAAGCAGGCUCGGUUCCUGAAGAGAAGCCAGCUACAGCUCCAGAACCUGCUUCAGUUGAACCCAGUCCGAAUUUAGAAUCAGCUCCAGAACCCACUGCGGUAGAGCAAAGCCCUGCACCAGAACUCACUGUGUCUGAGCCUGUACCAAGUGAAGAACCAGCUCCUGCUGAGGAACUGAUGGUGUCUCCUGAGCCAUUUGCAGUGGAACUGAGCCCAGCUCCAGAAUUAGCUCCAGUUCUAGAACCGAUGGCUGAAGAGCCGAGUUCAGCUCCAGAAUCAACUAUGGCUCCAGAACCCACAAAUGAGGAAACAAGCUCAGCUCCAGAACCGAUCUCAGCUGCAGAACCAACUCUGGCUCCAGAACCAGCUGCAGUGGAACCAAGCCCAGCUCCAGAACCCUCGGGGGAGGAACUAAGACCAGCUCCAGAACCUACAAAUGAGGAACCAAGUUCAGCUCCGGAGUCAACUCUGGCUGCAGAUCCAGCUGCAGUGGAACCGAGCCCAGCACCAGAACCCUCGCCGGCUGCACCAAGUACAGCUCUAGAACCCUCAGCAGAGGAACCGAGCCCAGCUCCAGAACCCUUAGCAGAGGCAGCAGAGAAGGACGUGACCUGCGCAGGCGCUCCAGAGGGAGUUGGUGAGGAGAUCUCAGCAGAUGCGGCCGUCACUGAAGAUGGAAUCCAUCUGCUGAAAUCCACAAAACCUGAAGAUUGACGUCGUUGUGACACUGUAUUUCGGCAGACAUGAGGGCUUGGGCUUUAUAUCCAUUUGUACAUAAAUUAGUGUUUCUAAGUAGCGUUAGCAUCAUUAGCAUUGUUGUUAAAGCCACAGAAAUGCCUUUGAGAGCAUGGUCCCGUGGGUGUCCAGCCGAGCGUGGGACGAAAUCACACCAUCAUGUCCUCAUCUCCAUGCAACAGCAAUAUUAACUCAUCUGAUCAAAUAUGAGCCAAAGCUCUAAUAACUGUAAAUCAACCAAAUUAUGUUUAAUAAUGUGUCUUUUAAUGAGACAGAAGGGCUUUGCCUCUUUUAUUUAGGGUAUGUUGCACCUCAGACUGCUGAUGCAAACUGCUUUGACUCUUUACAUGCAUUAAUCAAUGACAGAAAAGCAAAAAAUAGUAUAUUAAUCAGUAGUAUAUGUUGUUGGGUUGUUUUAGUACAGUUUGUGGUGAUUACAGUGCACUAAUAAACCUCUUCUGAUCAGCUUCAAAUCUGUGAUAUCCUGAAGGAAAGCAGUUACUCGAAUCAUAUCAGUGUGUGAAAACAUGAAAGUUGAGCUCUUUGUAAAAAAAUAAAUCAGCCUUUAAUGAACUGACAUGAUCUCUGCACAUCUCCUGUAUGUCUUUUUUUACAUUUAUAU